AUGUCGGCCUCCUGUAUCAUCGCUACGUCGUUGCCGCCGUCGCCGACCGCGGCGACCACGUGCCCCCGCGCCCGCAGCAGCCGCGCCACGCGCGCCUUCUGCGUGGGCGAGCAGCGCGCCACCACCACGCCCGCGCAGCGCUGCAGCACCCCCACGAACUCCUCCUCGUACGCCCGCAGACACACCUGCCGACGGUACACCGUU